AUGGCGCAGGUUCUCAACAGCUUCUUUGGCGGCGGCAAGGCCGCUGAGAAGCCAAUUGCCUCUGGCGAUGCGGACUUUGCCGACUUCGCAGGCGUCCCCGACCCGGCUCCCGAUGCUUUCGCUGCUGCCGGCGCCGCUGCUGGUGCUGGUGCUGGUGCUGGUGCGGCCGCCCCGGCGGUCACGGCCCGCCCCUACACAAAGUGGUACAACGUGCACGAGCGGUACUCGCUGAGCGACUUCAAGAUCGAGGGCAUCAUCUUUGGGCUGAUGGCCAUUGUGCUCGUCGUGCACUUUAUCGGCACGCGCCUCAACCGCAGCAAAGCCCGCGCCUGGGCCGCGGCGCACGCCAAGCUGCUGGCGGGCGAGUUUGCGCUCGUUGGCUUUGGUCGCGUGCCCGCGUCGGUGGCGGCCCAGGAGGACCAGGGUGCCGCGCUCGAUGCGCUGGCCAGCGCCACGACGUCGGCCGACCCGUCGACGCUGGUCAAGGAGAACUCGCUGUUUGAGUUUGCGGCGUACGCGUCGGGUCGCCAGAACGUGGCCUUUGUCGACACCAAGCUCAAGCUGAUCAAGCGCUUCAACCCGUUUGUCAUCGUUGCCGAGUACAUUGUGUCGUUUUUCCUGGAGAGCCAGCCCGCCCCCUCGGACACGCUCGAGGCCAUCCUGUACCCCUUUGACGGCAAAGAGGCGCUGACGGUGGCUGGCGUGAGCGCCGGCACCUACAAGAGCGGCUACGACGGCUUUGUCUGGGCCAUUGUCAACAAGGACCGCAUGAAGAACGUGCGCGACGAGCGCUUCGACGUGUCCAUCACCUUCACCAAGGACCACGCCAAGCUGCCUCCCUGGCUGACGGUCAUGAGCGAGAGCGCCGAGAUCACCGAGGCCCUGCUCACCCCGGAGCUCAUCAAGGCCGCCGAGGCUGCCGGCGAGAACCUCGACUACCUCAUCAUCUCGGACCAGCCCAUUGAAAAGCCGACUACCCUGGACGAGACCGCCCCCCGGAAGCGCGUUUUCCUCAAGUACCGCCUGCCCUCGAACAACGACUACGAGCCCCUCCUGCCCAUCUACUCGUACUUUGUGCGCUCCGCCGACGUCUUGGUGCAGGCCGCGCACCUGCGCGCCGAGGUCCUGCGCAAGAUCAAGAACACCCGCGACGAGAUUUCCAAGCAGAUCCGCAAGGCUGACGAGGAGGAAAAGGCCGAGGAGCGUGCUCUGGAGCGCGAGCGGCUGCGCAAGCAGAAGCGCGAUGCCGAGCUGAACGCCCUCGACGCCAAGGCCCAGAAGAAGUACCUCGAGCGCGAGCGCGAGAAGGAGCUGCGCAAGGCGGCCAAGAAGUCGACGGUCCGCGGGUAG